AUGAGUAGAAUCACUUCUUCCAGUGAACUGAAACCAGACGAAGUGAUGACACUGUUGAUAAGCGCUUACGAUUAUCAUUGUAAGCGCGAGGUACUGGUGAAGUUGAUUCAUCGGUUAGCUGUUGAAGGAAAUGCUGUCUUUGCACGACUGAAAAUCAGUAGAUUUCUACCGGCACAGAUAUAUGGAGCAGUGAUUUCGGCGUCAAUGAAUAUUACCCAACUACGUGAAUAUGAAGGGAUGAAUGGACAUUUUUUAAAGAUGGAAAGAUCGAAGACUCGGUGGCGAAAUUCGGUUUGUGAACAGUGCAAAGCGAUAUGCGACCGAUGUGCUACAUGUGACGAGUGUAAAAAGGUACGUGUCCACGUCAAUGUUCGACUACCAUAG